AUGGAACCUGUUAUUACCAUCUGCUUUGAAGUUAUGUUGAAGAAGACUGGAAUUGUUGCUUUUCAACAGUUCACAUAUUGCUGCUACUACAACUUUGUACAUCUGAAAUUGGUAUUCCACCAAAAUCUGCAUUUGAUGAACCUCAUCAUGGGAACAUUAUUAUCAGAAGCCAAGUUUGACAAUGCUGUGGCAGGACGCGUCUUCCUGUUAAAGAACGAUUCCUUCCGUCGUGUAUCCCCGAUUGAUGCAACCUCAAAUACUAUAGCUUCAUUUAUAGAUUUUUGUAUUGAACUAAAGGUUACACCUUUGUGUUUUGUAUUACAGGUCAAUCCUACUUCCUAGUAAUAUAGUACCAAUAGGCGGCAUAGGGGAAGAAGCACUACACCUAGCAAUCGACAGCACAAAAGCUUUGUUAAAAAUUACUUACCUACUCCCUUUCUUAUCUGGGUUAGGACUAACAAGAAUGGUUGGGCCAACAAACAUCCAUCUCGUUCGUACUUUGGAUACCCGUAUAACCAUCGAAGCCUGUUGAAGUGACUAUUUCCUGGAAAUUAGGAGGCGUUGAGGACAAAGGAAUUGCUGAAGUUAUCCUUUCUAUUUAGUAUCAAGACACUUGAUUCUAGUAAAAGCUCUUACGCAAGAAGGUUGGCUAGAUAUUUUUUGUAAAAACACUAGCCCCGCUCAGUUCAUAAUGAGAAUGUUUUAAUCCCUUUUGCCAUGUAUUUUGAAUUCUCAUUAUGUAUAUUAUAUUUAAGGGAGGAGCCGUAUGAGGUGAAAAUUUCACGUACGGUUCUGGAACGACGAUUCUUUGAAUCGAAUAACGAC